CGUUACCCGCUGCAGUCCGCGUCCCCAACCAAGUGCGUAAAUGUGGCCGAUGUGUGUUUGUGUGCUUUAGUCGCGUGUCGUCGCCGCUUCCAUGUAAACGAAGAUUGUGCAAAAGCCAAAACUUGAUUUGUGCGCACGGCCAGCAGUAAAUCAAUUUAACAAUAUCAAUUCGCUCGUAAAACCGUUUGAGAAAACACGUUGUAUAAAACAAAACAUAAAUUUAUCCACAUUCAAACCAUAUGCAGCUGAAGUGUUAAUCGAAAAGCUACAAUAAAGCCAAAGAGAAACAGAAGCGGACUAAAAAAAACAUCAUGUGAGGCAGCUGAGGAGAUGUUAGCUCUGCCACUUGAAAAGAUGGCCGUCAGGAUGUGCAGCAUCGCUCCCAUCGCCGUCAUCUAGCUGCAUCAGCAGCAGCAGCAGCAAGCUUUCCUCACUCACAGAUACACACGCACACCCAUGCCGCUGGCAGCCAGACUCUUGCACACAGAUACGAAUGCCAGCAGCUCUUAAAGGCUGGAUGGAUCCCAAUCGAAUUUCAUUUUUGAGUAUUAGCAAUAAAGCCACCCAAGCUUUUUCGAGGCCCACAAAAAGCACUUGGUUGUUGUUUCACAGGACUUGCAAGGAAAGACAGCAGCAACGAUCGGCGCGGGCGCUGCAGUUGGACGACUCGUUGUAAUACCCUCUGAAAGGGUAGGAAAAAGCUCAGUCAGAUUUUGACAGUUGACAUCGCGCGACGCUCGGGCGCACAGUAGCAAAAUCGACUCGACGGCGACGCGUCGCUCGUUGCAGCCGCGCUGUCGCGUUUUCUGUGUGAUUGAUUGCGAUUAUGAGCGAGACCUUCAAGCUGUCCGGAAUGCAGCGCAGCAAUAUCGAGUUGGAGCGUCGGAGGCACCUGGCCAACUGGCUGUUGAACAGCAGCCCGCACAUGGCAGCCGCAGCCGCAUCUACAGCAACACCCACUGCUGCAGCAGCAGCAGCACCCACUGGUUCGGCACAACCAACAACAAACACUGGCUCAACAGGAGGAGUUGCAGCGGCAGUGGGCGGUGCAGCAGCAGCGGGCGCACCCAGCAACAGCGUCGCAGCUGCAUCAGCAGCUGCAUGUAACGGUGGUACAACGACGGGCCCCCAUCACGGCCACCACCCUUUGGCGGGUGGUGCCGGGGCGCGCAAGCCCAAGCUGCGGCGCUUUAACUCCCACGAUACCAGCUCCAACAUGUUCUCCGUGGCGGAAUUCGAGAACGCUCGCCUGGCCCGACGCAAUGAGAUCGAGCUGAGCCAAAGACUGGCACGACGCCUGCGUAGCAGCGCCAAGUGGGAGCUGGGGGCAGCAGCAGUGAUAUCCGGAUCGGGGUCAGGACCUAGAGCAGCAGCGGGAGGUGGCUACUCGGGAUUCUGUGGCGGCCUCAAUGGCAGCGGCGAUUACUCCACCGGGGACAGCAAAGCCUCCAAGGGCAGCAACGAAUCCCAGCAGGAAGCAUUGCCCGCCGAUGUAUUUCUUGAGCGGAAUACCCUGCCUCGUGUGGCCCGCAUCUUGCACACGAGCAAGAACUCCAACGAGACGCUGCAGUCCAGCUCAUCGCACGGCUCGUCUACGGCAGCUUCAAGCAGCUCCUCCGUUGAAGUUAAACCGGUGGUCAGUGGUGCUGGAAACAUUUCCAAUGGCCGCAUCGACACCUGCACAGGUACCGGCAACCAUUCAUCGUCCAGCGGAGGAAGUGUCACCGGAAUCGGAAGUGGCUCUGGUUCUGUUCUUGCUCCUGGCCAGCAAACCAAAAAAAGUCAAAAUAGCAGCCACGGUGGCAUACCGCCCGGCCACGACGAGCUCUUCUUGCUCUAUAGGCUGGUGCGUCAGCGGAACAUCUACCACGGACACAAUGCCAAGUCCCAAGCAGCGCAGCGAAAGAAGACGGUGCUCAUUCCACAGGAGUUUUCUGGUUAUUUUUCGCUGCUGAGCGAGAAGGGCUUGCCCACGGCCACGCAGUACGGUUCGCUGAUGCAGCUGGUGCGCGAGCGUGUGUACAAGUUUGCUUCGGUGGACAAUAUGCCGGCGUUUACGGAAUCGUCAACCAGCACUAGUGCCACUAGUCCAACCCACGAGGGUUGCUUACCCAUCAUCAUUAAGGGACGACCGCAGUAUAUAAAGACGACGGCGAGGGGCGGACAGGUAUUUCGACUUCUGGCCGUGUUUGAGGAUGGAAAGCAGGAGCAGCACCACGCCAACCUUUCGCAGCACUGCAACGCUUCCAAUGCAUCCAAGUCCCACAGCAGCGGUGGCUAUUUGGGCCGCGAAAAAGAAAAGAAUCGGUAUGCCCAACUGCUGAAUGACAACAGGCAGGUGUUUUACGUCCCACUGUCCACCAAGGGCAAGUUCUAUGAGAUUGAGCCGGGCAUACCGCAGCUGCUCCAGAAACUGGGCGAUGCGCAGCGCAAGUUGAAUCCGGAGUGUGUUCAUCGGUUGGGCGCUUUGGUGGCAGCGGCCAAGCAAUUGCCGCUAACCCUUCGCUAUAUUUCGGGCCCAGGGUCGGGUUCCGAGAUUCCCGAGCAGCUGUGCAUCAGCCAGGUGAGCAAGGAGGACGUGGUCAUCGGAUGCUCAAUCGAGGAUGUGGACGCCCAGACUCCCUUGCAGCUGAAGAAGUUCUACCCCAGUCGGGAUGUGCAGCUGGUUAAGAGUUUUUUGGGAUUCGAUACCGAACAGCGGAUGCUGGCCAACACGAAUGUGCAGAAUAUGCUCAAGUUCUGCCAGUUUAACUGCGAUUCCUUCCUUAAGCUGGUGGAGAUCGAUACGGCUCAGCGGGCGGAUCGUUCGGGUUCUAAGAGCAGCCGAGAAGGUCUUCGAAUCUUGAAGCCGCUGCAUUUACCCAAAAUCUUAAGACGCGAGAAAAGCUCCAUGGCGGCGGGCCACGAAAAGGAGGAUUCGAUAAUCUUUCUCAGCAAAUCCGACCUGGAGAAUCUGGAGGAGGCCAAGGAGGCAGCCAGUGCGAAUCGUAUAUCCGAGCGCAUGAAGGUGUUCCAGUCCACCAAGAAGAAGUGGUUCGGCAAGAACCAACCCCAGCACCAGCAACAUCUUGAGAAGCAGCAGUCCAAUUUGGAUCUGGACGAGCAGGCCAAGAGAAUGAGUAUGGAGCGCUACACGGACAUGUCGAAGCUGCUGCAGGAACGGUUCGGCUCGGAGCAUCCCGACCAGCCAGACAAGGAUGAUGGUAUAUCCCUCAACAGCACUGGGGCUUCUGAUACAGAGACCACAACCCUGACCACCAUGGAGCACAAGUCGCUGGACACUCUGUUGCAAAAGUCAAUGUCGCUGCAGGAUAUUGAAUUGUUGAAUGGCGGCCAGCGCAAGUCAGCACGACCAGAUUUGCUGGUAAGUCACUCGCACGCCGAUGUCGAUGCCAUCAGCGAGGCGGGCACCGAACUGGACGAUGUGGAGAACCAGACACCGCCGCCGCAGUCCUUCAUUACGGAGAAACUGUACAACGAGUUCCACGUGAAGACACGGCAGUACAGCAAAUCUUCGUCAAGCCUACACCAAAUGCGUCAUUUCUCGCUACCUCAGAAGUUGCAGCUUCACGAGGCGGAGAGAGAGAAGCGUCACUUGAUGCAGCUCAAGGCGAAGCAACUGUCGUCGGCCAAGGAACCAGUCGCCGGGCGAAGGGCAGCGGGUGGUGUCUGUCUGCUGGGAGGAGGACUCAAUCAGUUGCCGGGCUCGCCCUCGCCCUUUUCGUUGGUGGAAGAUGAUCUUCCCUAUUCGAGUGUGAGGGAUUCCCUGGUUACCGCCGGCGACGGCUGCCUGCGAUCCGCGGAGAUUGCCACUAGACCUAGAUCAACGCCUGUCGUGGACUACACCAAGGAGAAUAUUUACGCAGAAAUCUGUCCACCGCUGCACACCGUUGGGACCCCCCCGUUCAACGGCGCGCCGGACGAUGACGGUGAUUACGCGUCGCUCAAGUAUCCGUCGGCCAGCAGUGGUCCGCAGUCCGUGAGUCGGAUCGAGGUGAAUGGCGAUGCGACAAAGAGUGGCGCCGCCAUUAGCUAUCACACCGUGUACCUGGGGGAGAUGCCGCUGGGCGAGAGGCACACUGCACAACACAUUACCACUGUGGAGCUUGCGGGAGAGGAUAACAUUUACAAUACGCUCAAAUGAUGACUCAUGUGAUUCCGGCGACGUAAGUUUGUCGGCGCCAAGGGCUUAUUUUAAGGAGACGCUUUUGGUCAAAGGGGGCAAAAGGGAGAGGAAAACAAAAAAACUCCAGUCACACGAUCUAAAACGUACUCGAACUCUAUCGAACAAUUAUCAAUUUAUCGUCCUGUACAAUACAAAGAAGGAAUCCCUAUUAUUUCUUGUAUAUUUCUUUUGAAGGUUCAAAUCACCUAACUUGUCCUUUUCCUUAAUUUCAAUGUAAGACAGUUUUGAGAAUAUAUUUCUUUUUCUCUUUUUAUUUCCUUCUUAAUAUGUUUCUUCUAAAAUAAAGUUUUAAGUAAAGAGUAAAUUAAACUUUCUAAUCCAAUUAAUUGCCACAAUAGUUCAAGUUGUAAGCUAAUAAAUAAACACGACUAAAACAGGGAGCAUUUGAGCAACUAUUUUCUUAAAGAUAGGUGAUUGAACAAGAUCUGUUUUAUUGAACUAGAGGAUAGAAAGAAAGGCCCACAAUCUGAUCUUAAAUGAAUUUAUAUUUUAUUAAAUUAUAUAGUAAGUUUAACGAGCUCGGCAAAUGCCAGCAGUCACAGCUUUCGAUUUAAGGAAAAUAUUAAAAAUUGUCGGCCCUUUGACCAUGGUCUAGAGUUUAAUAUUAAUAUGAAAAACCAUAUAUACCAUAAAUAUAUGGUGCUGAUGCACAAAACAAAACAAAAAAACACAAAUGUAGAAAAGGCUACAAUCAAGCAGAAUUUGUGUAAAUUCAAACAGAAUUUGAAUCUUUGUUGGUAAACAGCUAAGGAAAUAAAUGAAAAUGAUAAUCUCUGUCGUAUCACAACACACAAAAACGUGCGUGUAUUUGUAGAGCGUAGUAUUUUAGCAUACCCAAAAACCCAAUAUCGACAAGUGAAAUUUUAAAGAAUACGUUAUAUACCAAGUGAAGACAAGCAAUUUGUAUUGUACAUAAUCUACUUAUAUAAGGGCGGAUCUUCUGCGCCGCCAGUCCACGACCCGCCCGCUCCCCAGAAAUACAACAACAAGAAUCAUAUGGAUGAAACUGAACAUUUGGAAAUUGCAAUAUUAUACAAUUGUAUACAUUACUUACAUAUACAUAUAGCUAUAUAUAUACACUUACUUACAUACAUAUACAUUAUGGAAAUCUUAGUGCAAACCUAAGGUAUUAUUAGCUCGUAGGCAAUCAACAAAGUCAAAUCAAACCAUAAGCAAAAAACAUACAUAUACACACCCAUAAAAUAUAUAUAUAUACUGUAUAUUUGUAACAUAGAACUUUUAGGGCAAUAUGCCAAACUUUUACACGAUCUCUCGUAUACUUUGUCGUUUUCUCUAUUGGAAACCACCCAUUAACUUGGUUUUGUUGACAAUUCCAAGUUGACCACACAAACAACACGAUUACACUAAAGUGCAAGCAUGUCCAUAUCCCAUUACUUACUUAUUUCAACGUGUCUGCUUGUCCGCCCCAUUUGGCGUCAUUCAAUGGCGAUCCUAGACAGCUCUCCUUUAAUACACACAUUUAGAGAUAACGUAUCGAGCCACAAAUCAAAGUGGGCUCGAAGCAAUGCUUAGAGUUUAAGAUCGAAAUAUAAUGGUUCUAGUCUUAAUUUUGAGAGCAAAUGUGUAGACAUGCCGAACUUUUAUUUUUUGUAAUGGAAGAGACUUCGGAGGUCCGAAGAAUUCUACAAAAUAUACCUUUAAUACGGUACUACCAUAAAAACUUGUAAUAACAAGAUGAGUAACGCCAUUCGAUUAGUGCUCUCAACUCUCUAUUUCACUCUUACAUAUGGCAUCUUGUUAUUAUACGGUUUUUGGUACUCCACGCUUUUGUAAAUGUGAACAUUUAGGAGGAAUUUAUGAUUUUGUAUUUAAUUUCGUUUGUUACCACAAUCAAUACAAUACAAUACAAUACAAGAAAUACUUUUGAUUUGAAA